GUUCUAUCCUUUCUUUCGCAUCGUUUUUCAUUUUUUACGAAAAAAUAAAUGAGAUGACGUGGCAACUUCGGGCUCUCUGAUUGGUUGAUUUUUCUAUCCUAUGUGGACACCCUCUCCAUGGCUUAUAUUUGUCUUUUAGUAUAGUAUAGAUAUAAUUUCGCUCAUUUUUAAAUUUCUCUUCUAUUUAAAUUUCUCUAUACUAUAACAUUAUUUUAUAACAGAGAAAAAAUUAAAAAAGGAAUACAAUACUGUUAAACCGGAUCCAACGACAUCAAAUAAAUAUUUGCACAAAACGAACAUUAAUUUCAUUUUAGAUAAGCUUUCCAUGAGCGUCGGACCGGCCUGCUUCACAGUAUUAUUGGUAUAGCUGGGUCCGGUUUUAUCCCCACCCUAAUCAAUGGAAUCGCGGAUACAUUAAUCGAAAAACAUAUAUUUUCUUGCACAAAUCUUUUAAAGGGUUCCACCAAAAAUCCCAUCGUUCUGACUUUGGAAUACACAAACAAAACCACGAAACCUAAAAUUAAGCAUUCGCCACAACGUGUCAGGACAGGUUCAAUACGAUAGUGAUGCCUAUAAACGUGGAGCAUAGUAACUACAACAACUCACUGAGCUUUGCACUUUGUAAUGACGAUUCGAAAUUCAAUGAUAACUUAUUUGGGGAUGAUUGGUUGGGGCUGUAGAUGCUCUGGACAGCCAAAAUUUAGUCUACAGCUAUAUAUCUCAACCAAUCGAGCUUUGCUUUCCUUAAAAAACUCACAGCAAAAAAAUCUCUGCAAAAUCAAAAUAUGGCUGUAGAGAGCUCUAUUUCCAGAGCAAAAAAUUAGUGCUUUAGAAAUCUACAGCAAAGAAAGUUACAGCAAAUAAAUCUACAGAUUAAAUUCUACAGCAAAAAAUAUAAAGCUACAGCACUUACCAAUCAUCCCCCAGACAAGACAAAAACACAAAGUAACAUCAUCCAAUGAAUAUAUGCCACUUAAAUCUCCCAUUUCUAUUUCUGGCAAAUCGUCUUUGUCCACAUCAAAGUAAACUAAUCAAUAGACUUAUCCAAGACACAAAAUAAAGCAAAACAUUUUCUCUGUAAGAAACACAAAACCCCAAAAUAGUAGACAGCAUAAAAGCACCCUCAAGCUUCAGCUAUGAUUUAUCACAAUUGUUCUCUUCUUUCCUUUGCUUCUUCAACUUUGAUACCUAAAGUUUCCAUAUCAAGAAACUUGUGACAGAAACCCAUCUUCUUGGCUACCCAAAUCUCUAUUUACAAAACAGAAUCUCAAUUUCUUCACUCUCUCAUUACCCUCUCCUUAGUUUUCUUGUGCUUAAAACAUGGAUUAUAACCUUCCCACUCCGUUAGAGGUUCUUAGAGAAACAGGACCAACGCCUUUCAUUACAAAAGCCUACAACAUAGUGGAGGAUUCAAGCACAAACAACAUAGUUUCAUGGAGCAGAGACAACAACAGCUUUAUUGUCUGGGAACCAGAGACGUUUGCUCUAAUAUGCCUCCCCAUAUACUUCAAGCACAACAAUUUCUCCAGCUUUGUUAGACAACUCAAUACCUAUGGGUUUAAGAAGAUUGAUACAGAGAGAUGGGAGUUUGCAAAUGAGUAUUUUCUGAGGGGACAGAAACAACUCCUUAAGAACAUCAAGAGAAGAAAAACAUCAUCUCAAACGGAAAUGCUAGAAAAGUUUGGACUGGAACGAGAGAUCCAGGGGAUGAGAAGAGACAAAGCCGCUCUAGUAAUAGAAUUGGCGAGAUUGAGACAAAAGCAAGAAAGCGUCAAGACAUAUCUUCGCUUUAUGGAAGAGAAACUGAUAAUCACAGAGAGAAAGCAACAAAUGAUGAUGGACUUCUUGCUGAAAAAAGUUAAGAAUCCAAGUUUUUUAGAGAACAUAAAGAAGCGUAAGCAGCAAGAAAUCGAAAAUCUAGAGCAAAGUGAAGAGAUGACCUCAAGCCAUGGGGUUGAGGAUUAUGAAACGUUUGUUAAAGCUGAGCCGGAAGAGUAUGGUGAUCAAUUUGGAGGUGUGUUUGGUAAUGUGGAUGAGCUUCACAUAGCUUCAAUGGAGGAUCAAAGACAAGAUGAUAGGGUUCAAAGGGAGAUGAAUAGUUAGGGAAUUUGGAAAGCUUACGUGUUGAGUGAUGAGAUGUGUAUUUUAGGAGAACACUUGCUAUAGUUAAGUUAAAUUAUAGUCUAUGAAUAUUUUUUUUUAGUCUAUGAAAGUUUUUACAUAUAUAUAUUUUUUUC